AAGUUGAGGUGGGGCGCGCGUCCGCGAAGCCGCUGCGAUCUCCUCUCGUGCGCGCGCCUGGCGAUCGUCCCGGAGCGCGGCGGAGCGGCGCUCGUGCACGUCCCCCUGUCGCUGGCCGCUAGCGCCCGGGUCCGCCGGAGGGUCGCGGGAGCCGGCGUCCGUCCUUUGUGAGGCGCUCAGGCGGUGCGGGACGGAAUGUGGGCGCUGCGGGGACUUUUGUCUUCUGCUCAAACUCUGGGGAGUGUGGACUGAACGGGAGCCAUGGACUGAGGGCGUGAGCCGCGCGGGGCAGUCAUGACUUCUGCCGCGGAGCUUAAGAAGCCACCAUUGGCUCCCAAGCCAAAGUUAGUGGGGACCAAUAAUAAGCCACCUCCCCCUCCUAUUGCACCUAAACCGGACAUUGGCAGUGCUAGUGUUCCACGGUUAACGAAGAAGACCAAACCGGCAAUUGCGCCAAAACCAAAAGUCCCGACAAACUCAGUUGUUCAAGACAUUAAGCAUCCACCCUCAAAGAAACCUACUUUGAACCUGGAGGAAAGGGAGCCAGAAUUACCCGAGAGCACUGGCAAGUCUAAUUGCAAGGAUGUCAGGGAUCCACACAGUGAUUAUAUUUUACCAACGUGUUCCUGCAGUUCUGGGUGUAUUCACGAGCCUAGGACUCGAGAAACCCAGUGUGUAGAGCAGCUUGUUUUAGAGCCUCUGGGAAUGAAGGAAAAUUUAGAGAAUAGUAAAAAUGGUGAGUCCUCAAAAAGGGGGAGUAGCUGGGAUUCAAGCAGCGAAAAGUGCCGGGGCCAGAGUGGAGUUGUUUUAAAGGCAAGCAUCUUAGAAGAGAAGCUCAAAGAGGUCCUGACGCAGCAGCGAUCACCUUGUGGUUCCCCGGGGAGGCACAGAGCUCCAAAAAAACCAGAAAUGAAUGGUGACCAUAGUUGCACCAGGCAGAUCAGAAUUGAAUUUGCAGAUGUGUCUUCUUCCCUGACCGGCUUUGAAAAAGUUCCCGCUCAUCACAACUGCCACCCACAACUUCCUAGGGAUGAAUCUCAGACUCUCAAGACUUGUCAAGAUGGCAGUGCAGAGAGCCGUGGUCACACUGAUUCAUGUGAACCGGAGAACAAAAGAGUGGCUUCAGAUGGAAUUAGUCAGAAGACAGAGGUCAAAGGUCUCGGUCCUUUAGAAAUCCACUUACUACCGUAUACCUCAAAGUUUCCAACUCCCAAGCCCAGGAAGACACACGCAGCUGCUCGUCUUCGCCGCCAGAAGCAUGUAGAUACUCCUGGUGAAAGCACUGAAGAGCCAGGGAACUCAAACAAUGGCUCUUCUUGCCUCCUGGAGGAUUAUUGUUUGAAAAACAAUAAAGUCAGUGUUCUUCGUCAGAAUGCUUUGUAUAACCAGGGACCAGUGGACGAGGUGAGGCCAGCAAACCAGAGGGCACUGACAGGGGAUUCCAACAGUGGCGGACAGGACUCAGUCGGCUCACAGAAAGCUGUGCAGCAGCAAACGCCUUCUUUAGAUACAGAUUCUAGUUUGACUUCUGACAGCAGUGGUUCUGGCGUGUCACCUGCUGUGGACAAAGAGACUACUUACACACAGUGCAGUACUCAGCCUUUGAGCUUGCCUAAGCAAGUCACAUCAGCCUGCACUGACCAGCCACCAGCUACCUGUAACCCGGAAGUGUCAGCUCCUCCCAUACAAAAGGAAUCUUCCUCCUCGAGAAUCAUUCCCAAAAAACCUCAAAGACACAGCUUGCCUGCAGCAGGGGUGCUUAAAAAGGCUGCUUCGGAGGAGCUUGUAGAAAAGAGCUCUUCAGGUAAGGAGACAAAUGUCGAGAAAGGUCUGCACAGAAACUACCUUCACCAUCCGGGGCCCCCAAACCAUGGCGCGUCAGCAUCACCCUUUGAUAUGCCCAACCCGACUUCAGAGAAGCCAGUGUGGAAGUUACCUCAUCCUAUUCUACCUUUUUCAGGGAGCCCAGAGGCCUUGAAACGCGUCACUUUAUCCUUAAAUAACGAGCCUUCCGUUUCCCUAACCAAGCCAAGAGCAAAAUCCCUGUCUGCCGUGGAUGCGGACCGGUGUAACAAGCCUUGCAAAGACCCUCCGAAGAAAACUUCUUUUAAAAAGUUGAUCAAUGUGAAACUGUCCAUUGGCUUCAUAAAGAGCGACUUUCAGAAAAUUAGGUCGAAAAGCUGCCAACACGGGGAUGUCUCUGCAGGACAUCCGCUCGCUAGAGAGCCAAAAGGACUUGAAAGUGAUUGGCAAGGUUUGGCUACAGGAGAAGAGAAGAGAAGUAAGCCCACGAAGGCACAUUCUGCAGAAAACUGCAGCCUGGAAUCUCAAAAGGUGAAGUCCUGGGGCCAGAGCAGUGCAGUUAACGGUCAGAGGGCGGAGUCUUUGGAUGACCGGAUUCUCUCCAGGCACACGUCCUGUACAGGCGACUUCGGGCCAGAGUAUGAAAAUGUCCGCCAUUAUGAGGAGAUACCCGAGUAUGAGAAUUUGCCCUUUGUCAUGGCUGGAAGGAACACUCCGGACUUGGGAUGGCAGAACUCCAGCAGUGUGGAGGACACUGAUGCAAGUCUAUAUGAAGUAGAAGAGCCCUACAAUGCUCCAGAUGGCCAGCUGCAACUUGAUCCUAGACAUCAGCCUUGCAGUUCUGGAACAUCCCAGGAGGGGAAGGAUGCUCUCCAUCUUGGCCUCAGUGACCUGCCUUCUGAUGAGGAAGUCAUCAAUAGUUCUGAUGAAGAUGAUGUCAGCUCCGAGUCCAGUAAAGGCGAGCCAGACCCCCUGGAGGAUAAACAGGAUGAAGAUGCUGGGAUGAAAAGCAAAGUUCAUCAUAUUGCCAAGGAGAUCAUGAGCUCCGAGAAAGUGUUUGUGGAUGUGUUAAAGCUUUUGCAUAUUGACUUCCGGGGUGCUGUAGCCCAUGCAUCCAGGCAGCUCGGGAAGCCCGUGAUUGAGGACCGGAUCCUUAACCAGAUCCUGUACUACCUGCCUCAGCUGUACGAGCUCAACCGGGAUCUCCUGAAGGAACUGGAAGAGCGAAUGCUCACCUGGACAGAACAACAAAGAAUUGCUGAUAUCUUUGUAAAGAAGGGGCCAUACUUAAAAAUGUAUUCCACAUACAUCAAAGAAUUUGAUAAGAACGUAGCUUUGCUGGAUGAGCAGUGCAAGAAAAAUCCAGGAUUUGCUGCAGUUGUCAGAGAAUUCGAGAUGAGCCCUCGAUGUGCCAACCUGGCCCUGAAGCACUACCUGCUAAAGCCAGUUCAGAGGAUCCCUCAGUACAGGCUGCUACUGACAGAUUACUUAAAGAACCUUCUAGAAGACUCUGUAGAUCACAGAGACACCCAAGAUGCCCUGGCUGUUGUCAUAGAGGUAGCUAACCAUGCCAAUGACACCAUGAAGCAAGGGGACAACUUUCAGAAGCUCAUGCAGAUUCAGUACAGCUUAAGUGGACACCAUGAAAUUGUGCAACCCGGGCGGGUUUUUCUUAAAGAAGGCACCCUGAUGAAGCUGUCUCGGAAAGUCAUGCAGCCCCGGAUGUUUUUCCUGUUUAACGAUGCUCUUCUCUACACCACACCCAUGCAGUCUGGGAUGUACAAACUGAACAACAUGCUCUCGCUGGCUGGAAUGAAGGUCAGAAAACCUACCCAGGAGGCAUAUCAGAACGAGUUAAAGAUUGAAAGUGUAGAGCGUUCUUUCAUCCUCUCAGCUAGUUCUGCCGCAGAAAGAGAUGACUGGCUGGAGGCCAUAUCCAGCUCCAUAGAAGAGUAUGCCAAGAAAAGAAUCACAUUCUGCCCCAGCAGGAGUCUUGACGAGGACUCAGAAAGGAAAGAAGAAGUUAGCCCCCUCGGGGCAAAGGCUCCCAUCUGGAUCCCAGACACCAGAGCCACCAUGUGUAUGAUUUGCACAAGUGAAUUCACCCUGACCUGGAGAAGACACCACUGCAGGGCCUGUGGGAAGAUUGUGUGCCAAGCUUGCUCAUCAAACAAGUAUGGCUUAGAUUACCUGAAAGGGCAACUGGCAAGAGUGUGCGAGCACUGCUUCCAAGAGCUACAGAAAUUAGAUCACCAGCUGUCGCCUAGGGUUGGGUCUCCCGGAAAUCACAAGUCUCCUUCAAGUGCCUUGUCGUCAGUCUUACAUAGCAUCCCGUCAGGGAGGAAGCAGAAGAAAAUCCCCGCUGCUCUCAAAGAAGUGUCAGCAAACACAGAAGACUCCACUAUGAGCGGCUACCUCUACAGAUCCAAGGGCAGUAAAAAGCCAUGGAAACACUUAUGGUUUGUCAUCAAAAACAAAGUACUCUACACAUAUGCUGCAAGCGAGGACGUGGCAGCUUUGGAAAGUCAGCCUUUAUUAGGCUUCACCGUCACUCUAGUCAAGGAUGAGAACUCAGAGUCUAAAGUGUUUCAGCUGCUGCACAAAGGCAUGGUGUUUUACGUAUUUAAGGCAGACGAUGCCCACUCCACGCAGAGGUGGAUAGACGCAUUUCAGGAAGGCACAGUAUUGUAGCAGCACUGGCUGCCUUUCCUCUGGGGUUCCAACGAGGUGGAGGUGCAGCAGAAAGGAUUAAAAACUGCUCAAAAGCCGUGCAAGAAUGAACACUGCCGAGACAAAUCCGCCCACAGUCGUUAUGAGAUAGAUUGUUUUGUUAGGUAUAUAUAUAGUUCCUAAAAAUGUUUUUCAUGGAUGUUAUUUAUUAAAAUGUUGAUGUUUACUUUCUGGUCAUAACUGUUUCUGAGACUCACACUGAAUUCUAAAGUACUGUUUAGCGCCUGGGAACUUACUGUAAUGCUGUAUUCUGUGUACCAUGGAUGAUGUGCCGUCCACACUGCUGUCUCUGCCUUACGUCAUGACACUCUGACUGAUGGGAAAGCUUUGCACGUAAAGCACACAUACUAAGUAGCAAAUUUCCAUACAGUGGUUGGUUAUAAAUUACAAUUUUAAAACUGCUGAUGAAAAUGAGUAUUUUCGAGUCACUAAACUUAGGUGGAACUGUUUAUAUUGCAGUAGAGAUGCACAUUACCGGCUUCUACCUCAGCAACUGUGAAAUGAAGUCCCAGCAGAGUCAGUACUGAUAACGUUGUCCACAGCCCCCCAGACUCCCACACCCCAUAGGAUCUUGCCAGUUGGCCUCGAACUAAGUGUAGGCAAAGCAUGAGCUGCAGUCUUCCUGCCUCAAACUCUAAGCAACUUGAGUCCCAGGCCUGUACCACCAUGUCCAGUCUUUAUUUAAAACCGCCAGAUCAGUGUCAAUGUGAUUUUUCUCUUCAUUUUCUGAGACAGAAGCUCACUUUGGAACCCAGACUGGCCUGGAACUUGCGUAACCCAUGCCACCCUGUGACCCAUGGUUUCUCAACUGCUAGGAUUACAUGUGUGUGCCACCAAGCUCAGUAAUUAAUGUCUUAAAAAACAGAAUAUAGCAGGCAACAUGUUACCUAAUACCCUCUAUUAUUCUUAAGAGUUUUGAGGCCAAGUCAGUGAUGGUAUUUCUAUCUAAAAGGAUGUCACAUUUUCUGCAACAUGUAUUUUACAAGUGGUUCGAAACCACUACUCUUUUUUUUUUUAAGGAAAUUUUAUGCUACUUUGAUUCAUUCCCCUUGACAUUUAAAGUGUCGUCAUCGACGUUGUCUUCCUCCUCUUCCUCCUCUUCUUCUUCCCCCUCUCUCUUCUCUUUUCCUCCCCCCCCAACCCCCGCCCCUCUUUGCCCCUUUUGAGACAGGGUCCUUCCAAGCAGCCCAGGCUGGCCUGAGGCUCACCGCCCCACCUCAGCUCCUACAUCCUAGGACUUUAGAUGAGUGCUGCCACUCGGACCUUACCAGUCAGUGUUCCUCAGUAGUUAAGGUUCAUGUUCUUAAUUCUGACGUGCUUACUGUUUAACAUGCAAACCCACUUGCACGUAAAGUUGUUAAUUAGCAGCAGGAGAUGAAGUUAUGCUUAAAGUUGCAUCAGUGUUUAAAUAUUUUGUUCACUAAGUUUAAACUGUCAGCUAAGAGACAGGGUUAUCUAUAAAAUAUCCUAUUAAAGGCUGCAGGCAUUUCCCACUUCGUUAUCUGUGAUUCUUAGUGUGAGAUCAGUGGUAGAGAAUUAUAUUCUGGAUACUAUUUUUUCAUCCUGAACACAUUCGUGAGGCCUUUUGGAUGCCGUUUGCUGCAGAUACAGCAGAUCUAGAGGUAGCAGGUCCAGUUUUUCUUGGAUGUCUCUGGCUAUGGCAUAAUUUGAAGCCCUGUGCAAUUUCCCAGAACCCUAUACCCUACCUUCCUUGUCACGGGGAACAAAUCAGUUCUUCCAAACAUAUUUCAGUUGGAUCACAUAACCGUUUUCCACGUGAGCGUCUGCAUAGCGUUUGUUGACAUAACCUGUAUAGAUCGGUUUUCCCCGACGGCCCUUGUUUUCUGCAGUAAGAAGCUUGAUUCCUUGAGUAUUUACUGAUUUUUUUUUCUAAACGAUGUCAGACACCCCCACUUUGAUUUCUAACACAAUGGAAUGGCACUGAGGAAAACAACUGGGAAGUAUGUUUUUGUUAGGCAGAUACAUAGUAGGCUGUGGAGGGAUGGAGGAGCCUUCUAUUCGAGAACCUAAUGUCAUCGCCAUAUGGGGGUAUGCCUUAAACGUACUUCCACUGUGCUCACUGUAGUCAAAAAUGCUGGAAUUUCCAGAAGUCAACCCUACCUCACUGCACGCCACGAUCCUUAAGGAUAGAUACCAUAUUUAUUCUCUGCAUUUCUCCUGGAUCUUUGCAGCUUUAGUUGAAUACAUUGAAGACAGGCUUCCCAAAGGGGUUUUGCCUUAAGUAAGAAUCUCACUGUUUUCCCAGGACAGCUCCUGCUGACAUCUCCUUAGGGUGUCACCCUGCCUGACUCAGUACAAUACCCAGCUACCCCUGAUGUCGUCUCCAAAGCCCCCCUGAUCCACUCUCUCCUCACCGCCCUUCAAGCCCACAUCCAGGGCAAGACUAGCACCCAGCUUUCUUCCCGUUCAAGUCUGUUUUCUUCAGGACACCACCUGGACCUCUGGGAUCGAACUCUGAGUCUCUCUUGUCCUUACCAUCUUCAUUCUUCCACUGUUACACCCCCUUAUGGGUGCUACAGCUUUCCCUCUGAGCUGCAGUAACACUCACUUGCCUGCUAUGCAGUGCUAUGUAGAAGGCCCUGGGUUCAAGCCCUUAUCUAGGAAAACAACCGUGUUUUGUUUUGUUUUUCCUUCCCGAUUACAACCCCUCUUUCUGUGUAGUCUAUUUCAGGCAUUGCAAAGCAAUCUGCAUUACUGUAGAAUUCUGAUUUAAUCCCAAUGCCUGUGAACUUCAGUGGCAUUCCCAAUGGUUUGGCCUGCUUCAGCCUUUCUCACACCAGUCAGCCCAGCUCUGCCCCUUGUUAUGUGACACUUCCCAGUGAUGGGAUCCUGUUCUUCUGUCCUUCAGACUGUUUGUGCUCUUUUCCCUGGUUCCUGUAGUCGUCAGCUCAUAAACACUCUCACCAUUCCUACUGCAUUCUGUUCUUGAAAACACUUCGCCUUGCUCACUGGAGUUGGCCCACAUCCAACAAGAAUGUCUUACAUGCAGUGGAUAAAUGCUUGCUUGUCUAGUUAGAUGUCUCCUGUGGGUCCCUGAAAAAUAUCUUCGGUACACGUGCUCUGGAGCCUAUGCCACUUUUAAUGUUAUUUUCUAAAUGAAAAUCUAUGGUGUUUUCCCUUCUAGGAAACGUUAGUUACUACUGGGAAAGGAUUCUAAGAAAGGAGACAGGUUUAUUUACCACACAGUGAAGACAGCAGUGGUUCUGAUGGGAGUUUGCCUGCUAGAAAAAAGAAGUUAAAGGUGGUAGGAGCUUUUAAAAGACUAAAUAUCAAAAUAUCUUUUUCAUGGAGCAAUUUGCUGCAUGUAAAAACCGAUUUCAGAAAAGAAAUUAAUCACUUUUAAUGUUUUUCACAAAAUACCUUUUUUUUACAUAAAGUGAUAAUGGUUUGUAUCUUACUGUUCAUAAGAUCAUUUAUAAAUAAAAAUAGCAUUGUAAAUAAUGUUAAUAUGUAUUAUAAUUCAUACAAAAUAAAUGUACUGUAAUAUCUA